AAACAAUUUCAGAAUUUGUCUUUAGAUGAAAUAAAAAAUAUAAUAGAAGCAGAAAAAGAAGGGCUUAAAAAAGAUUAUAAGGAAUUAGGAUCAAGAAAAAGAUUAAUUAAACAAUAUAAAAAAUUGGUAGAAGCAAGAGAAAAAGUAAGGAAAGGUAUUAAUAUAAAAAAAGAAAUUAAAAAGAAAGCCCCCGCCAAAAUGGCGGGUCCUUCUGUAAAGAAAAAGAUAAAAACAUUUGAUGAGUAUUUUGAGGAAUGUAUAAAAAAUAGAGAGAUUCCCAAAGAUACUCCUCCUUAUUUACGUAAAGCUCUUGAGCGUGCUAUUUUUGAACAUUAUGAAUUAGGACUUGAAAAAGAAAAAUCAGCUCUUGAAGACUUUGCUGUUAAAUAUAUUAUUCGAGGAAUUUUUGGUUUGACUCCAAUGGAGUUUUUUGAGAGAAUAAAUAAAACUUUAAAAGAUUUUUUUAAAUAUCAUCGAAAUAUAAAAUUUAAGAUGGUAUUGGUUUGUAUCAUGGAAAAACAAAAUAUUUCACAAAGUGUUGGUCUUGUAGGAAUUGAAAACGAUAAAGCUUACUUUAAUACAAAAACACAUAUUAAUAUUAAAUCCACAGAUGUUGACGAAUUAAUUCAAAUAUGUAAAGAUGAAAUUGAAGGAAAUAUUGAAGCUUAUCAAGCAGCUGGAAGUGCAUGGCAUUUUAAAGAAGUUGAUAAACUUGAAAUUCAUACUGUUGAAUAUAAUCCAGCGAAUGGGUCGUCUUACAUUCCUCUUCCUGAUUGGAUAACAAAUAAAAAAGCAAUAGUUAAUAUUCAAAACAAAGAUGAAAAAUGUUUUCUUUGGUGUAUACUAAGAUAUCUUUAUCCAAGAGAAGAUAAUGAUUCACGAUUAAAAGAUUUGAAAAAGUAUGAAAAUUCUCUUAACACUAAUGGAAUUAUUUUUCCUAUGAAAUUAAAAGAUAUUUCCAAAUUUGAAAAACUUAAUCCAGAAAUUCCAGGAAUUAAUGUUUUUUCAGUUGAUGAAAAAAGAAUUUUUUACCCUUUGAAAAUGGCAGAGAAAGAUUGUAUAAAUACUAUUGACUUAUUUUUAUAUGAGGAAGAUGGUGUUUCACAUUACACAUUAAUCAAAAAUUUUAAUCGUUUGAUUAAGUCUCAAAAAACCAAAAGUAAGGAAAAAAUAUUUAUUUGUAAAAAGUGCUUUACUCAUUACACUAAAGAAGAAUUAUUACAAAAACAUAUUUUAUAUUGUUCAAAUAAUGAAACAGUGGUUGUCAAAAUGCCUGAACCAAAAACAAUGUUAUAUUUCAAAAAUUACUACAAACAACUUCCUAUUCCUUUUGUAGUUUAUGCAGAUUUUGAAUGCUUUACUAAACCAUUAAAUAAUUGCAGCCCUAACCCAGAGUAUUCUUAUACUUACAACUACCAAAAGCAUGAACCUUCAGGAUUUUGUUUGUAUAUUAAGGGAAUAGUACCAAAUAUAACAAUUAAACCAAUUAUUUAUACAAAAAACAAUAAUGAUGAUAAUGUAGCUGAGAUAUUUGUAAAUAAACUCGAAGAAGUAACUAAAAGUAUUUAUAACGAUUUUUAUCUUAAACCAAAACCUCUUCAUUUAACAAAAGAAGAAAAAAUAUCAUUUAAUAAAGAGAAAUUUUGCCAUAUUUGUAAGAUGGAAUUAAAAACUGACAAGGUUAGAGAUCAUUGUCAUUUUACAGGACAAUACCGUGGAGCUGCACAUAACAGUUGCAAUCUCCAGUGUAGAAAACCAAUGAUUCUUCCAGUUAUAUUUCAUAAUCUUCAAGGUUAUGACGCACAUUUGUUUAUAAAGCAACUUGCUUGUUUACCAGGUGAUUUAAACUGUAUUCCAUCAACAGAGGAAAAAUAUAUUUCGUUUUCGAAAAAGAUUAAAGUUGCUGAGUAUAAAUCUAAAAUUACUGGAGAAAUGGUUUCAUUGAAUUUUGAAGUACGAUUUAUAGAUUCACUAAAGUUUCUUCAAUCAUCACUUGCUAAUCUUGUUGGAAAUUUACAACCAGAAGAUUUUAUUAAUACAAAAAAAAUAUUUAAGAAGAAUGUAGAUUUACUAACUCGUAAAGGUGUUUAUCCUUAUGAUUAUGUUUCAUCUCUAGAAAAACUAUCUGAAAAAAAGCUACCUCCAAAAGAAGAAUUUUACUCCUACUUAAAUGAUGAAGGUAUAUCAGAUGAUGAUUAUCAACAUGCUAUUAAUGUUUGGAAUACUUUUAAUUGCGAAACAAUCAGAGAUUAUCACAAUCUUUACUUAAAGUCUGAUGUUUUACUUUUGGCAGAUGUAUUUGAGAAUUUUAGAAAAACUUGUCUCCACCAUUACAAUCUGGAUCCAGCACAUUAUUAUACAUCCCCCGGUCUAGCAUGGGAUGCUUGUCUAAAAGAAACAGGUCAAGAAUUAGAACUAUUGUAUGAUUAUGAUAUGUUAAUGAUGUUUGAGCAAGGUAUUCGUGGUGGUAUUACUCAUAUAUCAAAAAGAUAUUCAGAAGCAAAUAACAAAUAUAUGAAAGAUUACAAUCCUGAUAAAGAGUCUACUUUUAUUCAAUAUUUAGAUGCUAAUAAUCUUUACGGUUGGGCAAUGUUACAAUCACUUCCAACACAUGGAUUUAAAUGGAUGAGUGAUUUAACAAAAGAAAUUGUAAUGGACAUCCUAGAGAAAACGAAUCAUAGUAUGUCAAAUCUUGGAAACAAAGGUUAUAUAUUUGAAGUAGAUCUGGAGUAUCCUGAAAAACUAUGGACAACACAUAAUGACUAUCCCCUUGCACCUGAGAGAAUGAUUGUUAAUGGUGUGGAAAAACUUAUUUGUCAUUUUAAACCAAGAAAAAACUAUGUUGUACAUUAUAGAAAUCUAAGACAAUAUCUUGAAAUGGGAAUGAAAAUAACUGAUGUACAUAGAGGAAUUUCAUUUUAUCAGUCUCCUUGGAUGGAACCAUAUAUAAGAAAGAAUACAGAACUUCGAAAAACAGCAUCUAACAGUUUUGAGAAAGACUUUUUUAAAUUAAUGAACAAUAGUGUUUUUGGAAAAACAAUAGAAAACAUAAGAAAAAGACAAAAUAUAAUUCUGGUGGAUAAUCGUAAGAAAGCUGCAAAAUUAACAAGUCGUCCAAACUUUGAAAGAGCAACAAUAUUUGAUAAAAAUCUUAUUGCAGUACAUAUGAAAAAGACUGAAAUUUAUUUUAAUAAACCAGUAUAUGUUGGUCAAGCAAUUUUAGAUUUAUCAAAAACACUUAUGUUUAAUUUUCAUUACACAUACAUUAAAGAGAAAUAUAAAAAUAAAGCAGAAUUAUUGUUUACAGAUACGGAUAGUCUAAUGUAUGAGAUUAAAACAAAAGAUUUUUAUCUCGAUAUAUGUCCUGAUGUAAGAGAUAAAUUUGAUACUUCUGAUUAUCCUCUACUUCAUCCUUCUGGGAUAAGUACAGGAGCAAAUAAAAAAGUGAUUGGAAUGUUUAAAGAUGAAGUAGCAGGAAAACAGAUAACACAUUUUGUUGGGCUGCGACCCAAAAUUUAUAGUUUUAAAAUUGAGGAGGAUAGGGAAGUCAAAAAGUGUAAAGGAGUAAAGAAAAAUGUUGUAAAAAAGACAAUGGAUUUUGAUGAUUAUGUUAAAUGUCUAUUUUCAGGUGAGAAAGAAAUGAGAAGUAUGAAAAUAAUAAGAAGUGAAAAACAUGAUAUAUAUUCUAAAGAAGUUAACAAAAUAGCUCUAAGUAAUGAAGAUGAUAAGCGCAUUGUUUUAGAGGAUAAAGUGCAUACUUUAGCUUUUAGAUAAAAAAUAAUUUAAAAGUAGUAAAGUAUUAAAUAAUAAAUGGCUUAUAAAGAAGAAGAAAUAAAAAAAUAUUUAGCUAUACUUCAUAAUUAUAAAAAACCACCUAUUCAACAAGUUAGUAAAAAAGCACAAUGUUUAAAUUGCCCAAAUACUGAAUUUUUUACAAUAGAUUCUGGCCUCAAAAUUUGUGAAAAAUGUGGUGUAGAAAAUGGUCAUGUAUUAGGAUUAUUUGAUGUAAAAGAUUUGGAUAGAUUACAUUAUAGAAAAAAGAGUAUUUACCAAAGGAAAUACCACUAUGAGAAAAAGGUAAAUGAAAUUUCUAAAAGAAUAAACUUAAAUGAUGAAGAAAAAUGUGAACUUUAUGAUAAACUUUCAAAAAUAGAUAAUCAUAUCAUGGAA